CCACAGCCUCAAAACCUCCUUUCAUACUUUCCCAUCUUAAACCCUUUGAGAGAGAGAGAGAGAGAGGGGGAGGGAGAUAUGGCCUAAUCCUGUUGGUUCCAUUGCUCUCUCGCCUCUCCAUCUCCAAACCGAGCGACGGAGAGAGACGGAGAUGGCAUCCCUGUUUGGGCUUGCGGCUCCAGCCAUAUCAAAAAUCAUCUAUGGAAGAAACCAUCUUCCUCUCUCGCCUUUGAAGUCCAAUUCCGCUGUCUCUCUCCAAUUUACUGUGCAAAGGACGGAUAAGCUUGGUCUUCGGUACAAUUUUCCGAAAUGCUCCGCCCGGUACACCACCGACUUCGUGCAGGAAGAACGAGUGGUCUAUCCGCGGCCGUCUGAAAUCCCUUGGCAGAAAGAGCUCGCCAAUUCCGUCAAUCUCAUCGGUGUUGUUGGGACGCCUGUUCAAAUUAAGCACCUGGAUAGCGGGAAGGUUCUUGCUUGGACUCGACUUGCCGUCAAAACGUCGGCCACAGAGACACUCUGGAUAGGUCUGACAUUUUGGAAUGAGUUGGCUUAUGUGGCAUUUCAGCACAUGGAAAAAAGCCAGAGAAUCUAUGUAUCUGGCAGGCUUGUAUCAGAUGUAGUUAAUGGAGAUGAUGAUAAACCCCAAGCAUACUACAAGGUUGUCGUCAAUCAGCUAAAUUUCAUUGAGAAGAGCUCAGGUUCCUCGUUAUAUGAAUCAGAUAAAAACUCCAUGAACUCAGGUGAAAGGCGUGGAACAUAUUCUGGAACUCAGACAGGCACGACUCAGGAGCUAUGGCAAGCGUUUUUUGCCAACCCUUCUGAAUGGUGGGAUAACAGGAGCAGCAAGAGAAAUCCUAAGUACCCAGAUUUCAAGCACAAGGACACUGGAGAAGCUUUAUGGAUAGAAGGAAGGAACAAUCCGUCAUGGGUUAAGUCACAGCUGGCUGUCCUCGACUCAAAAAUGCAGUCUCUCCAAAGAGACGAGUCAAAUAUGCAGUUUUUGUUCUCAUCCAGCAAAGACCUCUAGCCCUUCUGAUUCCCUGGGAGCUCCUCUCAUUUUUGCUCGCGGUUGGAAAAAAAAAAAAAACCUGCCAUAUUAAGAUGAUUUAGUUCAAUGCGCACAGUUUUCCUCUGCAUUUGUAUAUUUGUCAUCUUUUAUCGACCAGUAUUAAUCGUCUCUUAUCAAUUUGUUGGUGCCAAGUUUCUGUAUAAAAUUCUUAAUUUUGGUUUU